CGGGCGCCGCCUGCCCACACCCGCCAUGGCGGCCAAGGGCGCCCGGCAGCGGCCGCGGGCGGGCGGCGGGGACCCGGCGGGGCGGCGGGGCGAGCCCGCGGGCGGCGAGGAGCCCGGGAACGGGUCGUCCGGGAGCAAAGCAGGGCACGUCUGGGCCCCUGAGGGAUCAACAGCUUUCAAGUGUCUGAUCUCAGCCAGGUUCUGUGCAGCUCUGCUCAGCAACAUCUCGGAUUGUGACGAGACCUUCAACUACUGGGAGCCCACACACUACCUCAUUUAUGGCAAGGGGUUCCAGACAUGGGAGUACUCUCCAGCCUAUGCCAUCCGCUCCUAUGCUUACCUGUGGCUGCAUGCCCUGCCAGCCUGGUUCCAUGCCAGGGUUCUGCAGACCAACAAGGUUCUCAUCUUCUACUUCCUGCGAUGCUUCCUGGCCUUCCUGAGCUGCAUUUGUGAGCUCUACUUCUACAAGGCUGUGUGCAAGAAGUUUGGGCUGCACGUGAGCAGGCUGAUGCUGGCUUUCCUGGUGCUCAGCACAGGGAUGUUCUGUGCUUCUGCAGCUUUCCUCCCCAGCAGUUUCUGCAUGUACACCACGGUGGUGGCCAUGACAGGCUGGUACAUGGACAAAACCUCAGUGGCAGUGCUGGGGGUGGCUGCUGGAGCCCUGCUGGGCUGGCCCUUCAGUGCAGCUCUGGGGAUUCCUAUUGCCUUUGACUUGUUGAUCCUGAAGAAGAGGUGGAAAAGUUUCCUGAACUGGUGUGUGGUGUCCUUGAUCCUGUUUUUGGUGCCCUUGGUGGUGGUGGACAGCUAUUACUAUGGGAAGCUGGUGGUGGCACCUCUCAACAUCGUUCUGUACAAUGUCUUCACCCCCCACGGGCCUGAUCUCUACGGUACAGAACCCUGGUACUUCUAUUUCAUCAAUGGAUUUCUGAAUUUCAACGUGGUUUUUGUGCUGGCCCUGCUGGUGCUGCCUCUGACCUGCCUGAUGGAGUGUCUGCUGCAGAAAUUCCGUGUUCAGAACCUGGGCCGUCCCUACUGGCUGACCCUGGCUCCCAUGUACAUCUGGAUCCUGAUUUUCUUCAGCCAGCCUCACAAAGAAGAGAGAUUUCUCUUCCCCAUCUAUCCCCUCAUCUGUCUCUCUGGUGCUGUGGCUCUCUCUGCUCUGCAGCGCUACCGCCUGGAGCACUACACAGUGUCCUCCAGCCGGCUGGCCCUGGGGGCUCUCCUCCUCUUCGGCCUUUUGUCACUUUCCCGAUCUGUUGCCUUGUUCAAAGGCUACCAUGGGCCCCUGGACCUGUACCCAGAGUUCCACAGGAUUGCCACUGACCCCAGCAUCCACACAGUGCCAGAGGGGAGGCCAGUCAAUGUCUGUGUGGGCAAGGAGUGGCACAGGUUCCCCAGCAGCUUCCUGCUGCCUGACAACUGGCAGCUCCAGUUCAUCCUGUCAGAAUUCAGGGGCCAGCUGCCCAAGCCCUUUGCCCAGGGGCCCAUGGCCACCAGGAUCAUCCCCACAGACAUGAACGACCAGAACCAGGAGGAGCCAUCCAGAUAUAUUGACAUCUCCAAAUGCCACUACCUGGUGGACUUGGACACAGCCACAGAGACCCCCAGGGAGCCAAGGUACUCCUCCAGCAGAGAAGAGUGGGUGACCAUUGCCUACAAACCAUUCCUUGAUGCUUCCAGGUCCUCCAGGCUGCUGCGGGCGUUCUACAUCCCCCUGCUGUCGGAGCAGCACACACACUACAGCAACUACAGCAUCCUGAAAUCCCGCAGGAAGCCAGCCAGGAAAAAAAUGGGAGGCUAGGAGCACACCUGAGCCAGCAAAAAAACAAAAAAAAAACCACCCAAAGCAUCUGCUGGCACUCUUGGACAGCUCCACAUCAGCUCCCUGUGUGAAGGAUGGUGCUGGGAGAUUCCCUGAGCAGCUCUGGCAGCCUCUGCUCUGCCUCAAGCCUUUGGAAAAUCCACCUUUGGAUGUGUUAUUCCUGCUGCUCCCUGUGUUCUCUUACACCAGAGAAGAGAAAAGUAGGAAAUAAAACAAGGAUUGGCACUGUGAGGUUCUGCAAAUCUGGGAAAAUCAGCUCAAAUUCUGUCUCUUCCUUACCUGCUCAACAGUGCUGUCUUUCAUCCAGGGAAUUUUUUUUUUUUUCAGGUAACAAAGCUUAGGAAUUUUCCUGUUCCAAGGGGACUGACAAUGAACUGGGAUGCACUGGAUCCCAAGGAAUGAAACAUCAGAAACAGAGGAACAGCCAAAGCUGCUCUGUCCAGGAGUCAUUUCCAGGGACAAACCUGUGCUUUUGGGGAGAAAAACCCAAACUGAGACAAUUAUGUGUUUAAUGGGAUCAAAGUGUUUGUGAUAUCUGUGAAGCCACGUGAUUGUUUGCUAUUUAUAAUGAUUUUUUUCAAGAUCCUUUGAAUUCUAGACUUCAGCAUCUUAAAGAAUCUGGAAUCAUCCAGAGAGGAGAA